AUGCCGCUGACGCAGUCGCCGCCCCACACCCCGCAAACCUCAGACAGCGGUGGUGACAGGGAGAACGAAACGACAAAGACCUGCACGGCGCCGGAGCGGAUGUCGUGGGCACGAACCUGUCCAUCACUCCGCUCUGCCAGCGGUGCGACAGCCGAUCCCGAUGCCUCUGUGGCAACUUCGGAGGUAGUCGGCAAAGACGGCGAAGCCGAGUGUGGUGAUGUCGAAAACCAAAUCGUGUCAGGCACGCAAGAUCAUGCGCUCCUGCUGCCCCGGCUGUCGAGCUCGAUGAACAUUACUGGCUCGACAUCGUUACUCCUGCGACACCAUCUAUCUUCCCUUUUUAGCGGGGGCGGCAGCACCAGAACUGCUGCGAGAGGCGACACCAGCAGCAGUGUGGCAGCACCAGGUCUCACAUCGUUUUUCUCCCAAGCAGCCACGACUGCGGAGUCGGAGGACAGUAGAAAGCUGCUCGAGCGACCGCUGGGUGACAGCGGUAACUCGACCGCCGCCAGCGCCUCCGCCGUGGCACCGUCGUGUUCCUUGGCCCAGGGCCCAAGUGUCUCCAGCGUUGGCCAUACCCUUUACCGGGCCUACUCCCUAUUCUUGGCUGAUGCAGCGGCGUCCUUGGCGGCGUCAUCGACGCUGCUGUGGGACCCAACACGAAGAGCCAGAACGCCGCUGUCACGAAGCAGCAGCACUCGGGCUGAUCGUGACGAUGCCCCAGAUCCAAGCGUAGAAACCGUCGUGGCGCACGUAGAGGCAGAGGACUGGUCAGAGUUGACGAGGGCAACCGCAGCGGCGCCAUCCGUGCCUCGAGCAAGGAAGGCAGCACGCGGCGGCGAUACUGACGCCAUCUCCCAUCACCGCAUCGCGAGCAACGCGAAAAACAGCAGCAGCACCUUUACGGACGUCACUUCGAAGCAGGCGCCGUCCUUGUCGGUGGGCGGAGUUGCAGGCUCAUCCUCUGCCCUGACCUUUGGCUGCACCCCGCCGGAAGACAUCUUUAGGCGCGAGGCGUUGACGCAGCACGUCAGUGAGGACGCAAGCAGCUCAUCGCAUUGGGGACUCUUCCCCCUCACUGCCACCCCCGGCAUGCAUCACGCGCUGUACGCGGCCCCGGGUGCGGAGCAGAACCGUCGCCCAUCGGAAAGAAUAGACGACGCGGGUGACUCUCACCAUUCCAGAGGCUGUAGCAGCGACAGCAAGGCAAAAGAUGCCGGCCACAAAUAUAGGGUGAAGGAGCGGAGGCCGAGUCGCUACCAGAGUAGCGACGUCCACAGUGCGGCGCGAUCGGGGAACGGGGAUGUCGAGUGCAUCACUAUGUCUUCUCUCGUCGCUCACGUAGCCGUGCCUCCAACUGUCCAGGCCGUGCUGCGGAAUUCGGAUGCCACCAAAGAGGAGCUGUGGAUGGCACUGCGAACAGCCUGCCAGCAAUGUGAAGUGCUUCAGCGUCGUCUCGCCCGAGCUGAGGGCGCGCUGGGCAACGAAGAGGAGGGCGAGGCAGGGGUGACGGCUGAUGGGGGUGCGCUCGCUCACGUCACAGCCCACCGACGCCGAAGCGGCAAUGCGAGCAGGACGUCAAAGAGGCCGUCGCGCAGGCACGCAGAUGAUGAAGAGCGCAUGGCUCCCAACGCUGGUGGCGCUGUCGAAGGCGCGAGUGAGGUGGAGAAGAACAUCGUGAGUGAGAGGGCCGACUCAGCGCAGAUGCGCAGCAGCACCACCUCGCCGACUCUCAUACGAACGAACCGCCAAGUCUACCCGGGACACCGAGCGCGGAGGCGUAUUGCAGAGCUGGCUGCCGCUUCUUCUUCUGCCGCUGCUGCUGCCGUCGCGUCAUCGACUUCCCCAAUUCCGGUGUCUACCCAGUCCAACGGAAGCACCAACGCGGCCUACUUGGACCCGCAUUGCAGGCGUGGUGGGGACACCGGUGACGCGUCCUCGGUGCUGCGCCAUCGCGUGUCGGAGGUGAUUCGCCGCAUCGAGGCGAAGCGAAAGGUUCCGCUGCGCUCCCCGCACGUGCGCCAGUCACCCGAGACGCACACGCGCCGCAGCAACAGCGGUUUGAAUGGGCCAACGAGCUCGCAUGAUGCCGAUGACACCACGCAAAACAGCAGCGACCACCUUCGUAUUCCCACCUCCCAUCCACCGCGGGCUGAGGCUCGUGGGAGCUCGCACAGCACGUCCUCAUCCGAUCUGCAAGCUAGUGGUGCGUGGCACGCCCGUGUCGAGCAUGAAGCACCACCUAUUCUUAUACCAACUGCUGCCCCAACCGCGCAUGGCCCUCAGAACCCGACGCGCAUGGAAAGCCGCAGCUCGUUCACUGGCUCCGACGCAGGCGCAGCGCCGUUGCAUGCAUCCAGCAAUAAAGUCGCCGACAGUGGAGGUGAGACCGCUGGCCGUGGCGGAAGUGGCAUCCUUGUCCCACCCACGCCUCCAGCGAUCGCCGAGGUGGAGGCACAAGCUCGCGUCGCUCAAGGCAGCUAUAACUCAACGGAGCGAUGGCGGCUGGUGCAGCCGCCACAGCAGCAGCUUCACUGCUGUCAUCGCGGUGCGUCGUUGGUGUCGCUCGACUCUGCACCCGCAGUGCUGGACGAGAGCGUGCACUCCAACGGACCGGCUGCCGCCGAAGAAAACCCGGCUAAACUGCAAGCAGCUGCAGCCUUCAAGUCGGCCAGCUGGCCGUCUAACGGUCUGCAGCCGAACUACAAAGGUGGUAGAAGUCCCGGCUCCCAUAGCCGCAGCCCACUCGCCUUCGGCAGUCCGAAGCUGCCGAACACAACGCAGCAUCAGUCGGAGUGGACAGCAUCAACAGGCGCCAACGGUGCCUCCACAACGGUCAGCGCCAAUCUGGGGACUCCUCUCAGCGGUGCACUGCCUAGUCUGCACUCCUCCGCUCUUUUGGGGGGCCCGGCCCCCCCAUGUAUUCCCCUCCGCAGUGAGUCACGUAUUUCGUCUGCCGAGUCAGCGUGGUUGCGACAGCAGAAGCAACAGCGGUCCCUCUCGUCUCCUCCACCGAGUAGCCCCAACAAGGCAGCUAUUUCGGCCGCUUUCACGACACUGGAGAUGCUCCGGCAGCUACAGCAGGAAGACGCGCCGGUGCCUCUGGCCACUGGUGACGAUCAGAAGGCAGCGCUGCGUCAGUGGAGGCGCGAGGCAGCGGUGAAGAAGGGAAGCGGCACCGCGCCAAUGUCCUAG